CUCGUUCACAGGUUGAAUUGCUAUUGUAUAGGUUCAGAGAUAGAGACGGCUGGUAGAGGACAUUAGUCUUACCAUGAUGAGGGUCCUUUAUCUCCUGUUGCUCUGUGAAACAAGUGUCCAGCUUCAGUGUGACAAAACAGUAAUCCAGGCCAAUGUUGGGAGUGGAUUCAGUCUGGUCUGCCAGUACCAAACAAACCGGUACCUCUUCAGUAAGAAGUACUGGUGCCGUGGGGAGUCUAGGUCGACCUGUGUUAUUCUAAUGGACUCGGAUCACCUCACCAACAGAGAGCUCAGACACAGGUCUCAGAUCAUAGAUGCACAGCGAAGGGGGUUGGUCAUCAUCAUGACAGAUCUCAAGUUAGAGGAUACUGGAGUGUACUGGGUUGGGAUUGAUAAAAUCCAUGCUGAUAUCAUGACUUCCAUCAAUCUAAUUGUGACAUUUGUGGCAGUGUCCAAACCCAUGGUAUGGCCCCUGAGUUCAAUGGGAGACACUUGCUGGGGCCAGCCUGUGACAGUGCACUGUGCUAGUGCAAAGGGCACAAGUGUCCAGUAUACCUGGUACCAAUCCACCCAACCCCAGGACAUCCAGUUUCAGAGCUCAGCAGACCUGCACCUACACUGUGGCAUUGUGGAAGAAGACAGCCAGUACUACUGCAGUGCCAGCAACGAUGUGAGCAGCCAGCAUAGUGGGAUGGUUUCGGUGCAGGUUCUGAAGCCCUCUGAGGAGGACUGCAUCUAUCGUUUUGCUAUGGAGGGCCAGAGAAGCUAUGACUGUAGUGACAGACUGAAGACAAGCACAGCCACACCUCUGCGUUCUACUGGCCAUCUGACAGAAGAACCCUAUCAACCUGGAACCAACAGCAACCUGUCCUCAACAAUCAAUCAAACACACCAGGAUUGGCAUUACAGUAGGGCAUGGGCAUUGUUGCCUGUUUGGUAUGAGGUCCUGCGCUGGCUUUUCUUGGCUACUCUGAUAGCAGCUGUGUGUCUUGUGCACAAGUGCAGACCUACACAAGUGUGAUUCAACAGUCUCUAUGAGAACAGAAAGUUUCCUUUGGCAAACUGACCACUUUGUUUUACUUUGUCGCAGAUAUGUACUUUAGCUAACUCUUUUGUCAUUGUCGUCAUAUAACAUAUAACAUCCUUCAGAGACAUUACAAAUAUAGAAUUGGCUAUCUACUUACCUAUACAAAGGUAGGCUAAAGGUAGGAUUAUAUUUAAUAUAUUUUAAAUUGUCUUGACACAAAAGAAUAGUUUAAAUCUAGGUGCCAGUGAGGAUGUGAAGAGUUACAGUUAGCCACAGGAGGGCAGUAAUGAUUGUGUUAUGGAAGUUUGAAACAUCACAUGUUUCUGCAAAGGUGUUUAUUUCACCUUUGCAGAAGGCAGGAACUGUGGUCACAGGCAGGCAAUGGUCAUACGCAGGUAGGCAAACAGGCAGGUGAAUCAAAUCUAGGACUGAAGGCUAUAACUGGUUCUCACAAACAAGCUAGGAAAAGGCUUAGUAGAGUCAAAACGAACAAUACCUUAAAGGCACAAACAGAAUUAACUGAAUUAAAUAAGGAGCUGAUGAUACCAGGUGAGUAACUAACACAGGUGAAAUCAAUGAACAAAAAUUAAAGACAGGGCUACAUUCAAGAACACAAAGAAACAGGGCUACGCUCAAGAACACAACGAAACAGAACACAAGGUUGACUAAGGAAAUACAGAACCUUACAUCUAAACCAUAUCUAUUGUGACUGUAAAACAGGAAGUCUCCUCCCUUACUGUGAAUGAUAUUAUAAAAUAAACAAACGUUGCUUUAUGAGUCAGGUGACUUUCAUUGCUUUUCUCAGGAAUUCAUCAUGCGUAUGUUCUUCCUGUGAUUGAUUAACUUGUCCGAUGACUU